AUCAGUGAUUAACUCACUUGUGUGUAUGAACCUUGGAACUGCUGUUGGAGUAUUCCUACAUUGGGAAGGGGCUAAGACAGUACAAGAGAAGAGAUGGAAUGUGUAAAGCAAAUAUCUGGCACUUUGAUUUUGGCGGUCUUCACAGCAGCAUUGGGGUCUCUACAGUACGGAUACAGCCUGGGGGUCAUUAACGCUCCGCAGAAGAUCAUUGAAAGGCAUUAUGGACGUACUCUGGGUGUGCUACUGAAUGAAUCUUUCUUUUCCAAUGGGAGUGGAAUUGAAGAUCCGCAUCCUUCCGUAAGGAUGUACUGGUCCCUGUCUGUGUCUAUAUUUUCCAUCGGAGGUGUGUUCUCCUCCUUCCUGGUCGGGUGGGCUGGAGAUGUACGAGGGAGAAUAACAGGGAUGCUAGCUGUGAACAUCCUUGCUGUGGUUGGAGGUCUGCUGAUGGGCCUAGCUAAAAUGGGGCCAGGACAUAUCAUGGUCAUUGCUGGGAGAGCAGUCAUGGGCUUUUACUGUGGAUUGUCAUCUGGGCUUGUUCCGAUGUAUAUUGGAGAGAUUGCUCCAACAGCAUAUCGAGGAGCACUGGGGACGUUACACCAGCUGGCUAUUGUGAGUGGAAUUUUGAUAAGCCAGGUCAUUGGUCUGGAUUUCCUGCUGGGCAACACCACAAUGUGGCCGCUUCUCCUGGGCUUGUCCGGAGCACCAGCCAUCCUCCAGAGCUUUCUGCUGCCCUUCUGUCCGGAGAGCCCCCGUUAUCUCUACAUCAAAGCGGGCAAAGAAGAGGAGGCUCAGAAAUGUCUGAAAAGGCUCAGAGGAGAAUAUGACACCACCAAAGACAUGGCGGAGAUGAAGAAGGAAAAGGAAGAAGCCAAGAAGGAGAAGAAGGUCUCCAUCCUACAGCUCCUUCGCUCCAGCAGGUAUCGGCAGCCCCUGUUUGUGGCCUUCAUGAUGCACAUUUCCCAGCAGUUCUCUGGAGUCAACGCGAUUUUUUACUAUUCAACCAGUAUUUUCGAAAAAGCCGGUGUCACCCAGCCCGUUUACGCUACAAUCGGAGUUGGCGUUAUAAACACCAUUUUCACCUUGGUGUCGGUGAUGCUGGUGGACAGAGCAGGUAGACGCACACUGUGUCUAGUUGGAUUGGCAGGAAUGUGUAUUUGCACUGUGAUUAUGACAGUUGGACUGGUUUACCUGGACACAUAUGCCUGGAUGAGCUAUGUAAGCAUGACGGGCAUCUUCCUGUUUGUGUGCUUCUUUGAAAUUGGGCCGGGCCCUAUCCCGUGGUUCAUCGUAGCGGAGCUCUUCAGUCAGGGCCCUCGUCCUGCUGCCAUUGCCUUAGCCUGCUGCUGCAACUGGACCAGCAAUUUCAUCAUUGGGAUGAGCUUCCCAUACAUAGAGGCUCUGUGUGGGAACUACGUCUUCAUUAUCUUCACUGUGCUGCUGUUUUGCUUUACCAUGUUCACGUACUGUCGAGUCCCAGAAACAAAAGGAAAGACUUUUGAGGAAAUCUCAGCUGAAUUCCGACGAAGGCGACACACAGCACCGGCUGGCCUUAAAACCGCAACGGAAAUGGAGUAUCUGGCAGGAUCGACAGAUGCAUAACAUUCUCCAACAAAAAAAGAAGGCAGCAGAGAGCUGUGCUGCAAGAUGACUGUUACAGAGCUGUGCUGGACACAAUGGGACAGACAAACUGAGAGAACAUCACCUUAUAAAUGUUUACAGUGGAUAAAAAUAGAGUAAAGAGUAAAAGUGAAGUCACUGUACGUAACUGUCAGUUACGAUAUAGACCGUGGGAAUCCAAAGUAAAGCACAAUAUAAACAUGGUCAAGCACUAGGAGAACUAGAAGAUAUACAGUACUUUGCCGUUUGCUGUAAUUGAGUAGCAGGUCACUGGAGUAGUGCUUAUGUAGUACAGCACAGUGCUUCCUUGUGCUGUUCCACAUAGAUUACACUUGGCAGUGGUGCAUGCAUUACUGGUUGCAGCUAUAGUGGGCAUACAGGGAAAUAUUUGCAUUUUCGCAGCCUGUGUUACAUUGUGUCCAAGACAUCACCUUGUCAUUUGUUGUGCCUACGAUAAGACAUGUCCUCCCUCGGCAGUCAGUAACAUGCAUGGCCACGGACUGCUGUUGAAUGGACAAAAGAUUCAGAUAUAAACCGUGAUAGAAAAUAGAACUGCCAGUGCUUAGAGCCUUUGUACUUUAGAUCAGUCAAUUUUCAGAUGCAUUGUUUACAAACGGGAUCACAACCCCACCAGAUCUCCACGACGGACACUUCAGGAAGCGGUGGUCUAGCAUACAAGCAGAUAUCACUACUGUAAAUCAUCCAGGCAGCAGUGUUGUGACAACACUGUAUUAAUGUUACACUUUGUUUGAGACAACAUUGUGGUAUUAUGCUGUGUAAACACAAGCCUGUAGAUGUUACAUACUUUGGAGAUAAAAUGGAUGACUUCCUGAUAAAAUUAUUACUACCAUAACAUAUAGAAAUAUCGCUAUAUUUACACUGAAUUUGAUCGGGAUCAGGCUGGGGAUAUAAAAGUUCUGUACCUUAACUAUUAUAGCUACCACAGAGGUAUAAUAGUGCAACAAAACCUGGUCAGAGAAGACAAGAUGUUAUAAUAAUUUUAUCUAUAUUCAUUUAUACUCAUGUAGCCAUGAAAAGGUGAAUGGAACUGCUCGAUUUCCCAGUCUGUUUCCUUUCCUGUUUUUCAGAACACUAGAGAUUUGUUUAAUGUGCAGGUAGUGUGCAUGGUCCACAAGAAUGUAACAGUAUUAAGUAGUUUUUUAUUAAAUGUUUUAUGUGCAGUAUUAGAAACAUGUCCACACUGAAAACUAUAUGUAAUUAUGUGAUACUACAAUUAUAAAUACAUAAGGUAUAUGACUAACAUAGUCAUGUCUCUUUUUGAGCUACUUGUGUAUACACAACUAUGAAGAGUGUGUUCAAGUAUUGAGUCACCCUCAAGCAGAAAGUGUCAUUCAGCCCAGUGCACAGGUCAAAACAGUCCCCCAAACUGGACCACGCUCAAGAUUCCAAAUGCUUUAUUAAUCUUUAAUUUUUAAUUUUUCUUACUUUACUUAUGAGGCAAACUAUCCCGAUAUUUCAGUUCAAAGUCUUCUUCAAAGACUAAGGCGAAAGGGUAUUGUUUCAUAUUUAAGUCAUGUCAUUUACAGGUAUAACUUAUAUACUGUAGAUAUAGCCACAACUAAAUUGAAUGAUGGAUUUAAAAAACACUCUUUUUUUUCAAUUAGAUAUAGUUAAUAAAGUUUAAUUUUCUUUGAAUUGAAACUUUGUGUUAACUUUUGUUUUUCUUACAACACACUUCGAAUUUUUAACACUGAGAUUUAUAUGAAAGCAUGGUGGUCCAAAAUAAUUUACCAACAUUGACUGGCACAUGAGAUAGACAUGAAACCACAUCAAGACUACUAACUGUUACAGUAGGUCUGUCUGUAGUUGUGUCUACAUAUGCUGUAAAUGCUGGGCUAGUGUGCAAUGACGCGAGGAGAAAUGUGUGAACAGAAUUACACCUAGAUCCUCAGAUGUGAUACAGUAGAACACAUGCUGAAGUUGUACAGCAGUGUUCAAUUUGGCCUUGCAGCAACAACAGUAACACUUUUAUGCAGCUGAAUGGUUUUUCGUCUCAAUGUGUGUUUUUGCAUUACUCAGCCUGGCUUUGCAUAAUCAUUAUCUUCACUUUAGUGACAAAGAAGCACAUUUUGUUCACUGAUUACAUGUAUAAUGAAGAAGUAUUUAAUGAAAUUCACAUAAACUACCAUGUCUGUUAUACCAAAAUAAAAGUAUUUCCAGUGCCUUCAAAA